AUGGAUUUUUGCCUUCAAUACCGACACUUGAUCAUCUUCCUCAGCGCUUCCUCGCUGUUUAUCAUCAUGUGCAUGCGAUCGGGGUUCGCCUUGGUCGUAACGCACCUCACGAAGUCAAACGCCUCUGAUCUGAGUGACGUCAGCUUCUUCCGGGACUGCACGUCGUACGACGCCGGCUUCGUCAGCGAGUACAGCGAGGAGACGUCCAUGCAGUUCCACACGGCGUACUUCGUGGGGAUGGUCAUCAGCGUGAUCCUCGGGGCCUACAUCACGACGAGGUAUCCCGCCCACCUCGUCCUGGGUGCCAACACCGUGAUGACCUGCGGGCUGUUCUUGUCGCUUCCGUACACUUUCCAGAAGACGGCGACCGGGGUUUUCGCGAUACGGUUUCUGCAAGGGCUGCUGGAGGGAAUGUGCCAGCCCGCGAUAGUGGUGCUGGUGACCUCCUGGGCCCUCAAGCAUGAAAAGUCUACCAUGAUGGCCGUGGCGUUUAUCGGCCUUUUCAUCGGCCCGGGCGUGAGUAACAUAUUCUUCGGGGCCUGCAUCUGUUACAUCGGAUGGGAUGCUGGGAUUUACUUGUCCGGGUCGGCGGGGGUGCUGUGGGCGUUAGUCUGGUUCCCGCUGGCGUAUCCCUUGCCACAAGAUUGCCCUUAUAUCGGAAAACAAGAACUUAUGCGAUAUCUGGAAGAGGGCGAAACUGUCAGCAGAGGAUCUAAGGCUGUUGCCGGGCGCAUUCCCUGGAAAGCCAUCAUCACGUCGAAACCUGUGUGGGCGAUUUGGCUGGGACUCUUCUGUAAAAGUGUCGUCCUGUCAACAAUUUUAACUCUGCAGCCGCAGUUCUUCAAAGACAUUUAUGGGAUCCGGGCGGCAGACAUCGGGCUGCUGCUCUCUGUGCCUUAUUUCGUCAACAGCUCUUUCCUUUUCGUGUUCAGCUACAUCUCGGACCGUCUCAUCGCGUCUCGGCUGCUCAGCGUCACGAGCGUGAGGAAGCUCAUGCAGUGCACCGGGGUCGUGCUCGAGGGCGUCUUCUUCGUGUGCAUGAUCUACUCAGGCACGUGGCAGACGUCCUACGCGUUCCUCACGGCCGCCUACGCUCUGGGCGGCAUGACGUUCUCCGGCUACAGCUGCAACAUCGCGGACCUAUCCCCCCAGUAUUCCGGAGCCGUGGCCGCGCUGGAAAACACCGGACUCAUGGGCAGUGUGUGCAGCACAUUCCUGGCUUCUUUGGUGACGGGGAGGAACAGCACGUACCGGAACUGGUCGAUUCUGUUUUGGCUGGAGGCGGCUGUGGCCGGAGCCACCGCUGUUGUUUAUUUUCUGUUCGCUUCCGGUGAAAAGCAACCUUGGGCUGACGGGGUCAAGGACAGUACU